AUGUCUCUUUUUUUACCCGAGUUCCAUCGGGAGAUUCAGGCCAAGUUUUUGGAUAGCGUAAUUCCCGAAUUGAAAGACGAAUCAGUCAAUAUCAACAACUACGAAACGAUUGAUGAUUUAUUGUGCUUCUUCGAGUCACUGCUGGAUCCCCCAUUAAUUCCGUCACAAGAUGUGUUUCAUUUAUUAUUGACCAUAUCUUCUCGAAGCGCCAGUUGCAAUUGGUCAGCUGAUAUGUCAAAAUCAAAGAUUGGUUUAAGAGAAUCUCAUGAACAAAUAUUGGCAUCAAAGCAUAGUGAUAAGUUGUUGCAUAAAUCAAGUCUAAAUGAUCGAAGUAUUAGGAUAUUGGAAAAUUACACGGGUCUAGUAUACAAUGGAAACCUGGAGGUAUAUCAAGCUUUGCGAGAGAUGAUUAACCAGUUAGUGACGAAAGUGGGCAGUCGACAAAGGAGUACCACCUCAAGUUUGAAUCUAGAACUGUCGCCAACGCCGAGAAUUAAAGAAGAAAGAAGGUGUCGGAAAAGGCGACAUGAGGAAGCUAAGGAAUCACAAGAGGGUAGUGAUGACACUGUUAUUAUAAUUAGCGACUCCGAGGAAGAUUAUAAUGACCCUGAGUUUAAACCACUGUUGGAAAGUUUCGAUGGAAGUCAAUUGACGAGCACUGGAGGUGGAAGCAGCGUCAGGGAGGAUAUCCCGGAAUCUUGGGUUGGGAUAAGAGUCUACGAUGAGCCUCUACUUAGAGACCAGUUUCGUAUAAACGAGGGCAGAUUUGGAAUAUGGGAGUUGAUUAAUUGGACUUUUUACUGUGCCGGAUUAUCCACGUCUCGCUAUCCACACAAGGAUUCAAACUGCCACACCAUAUACCAAGCACAAUCUAGUACGCUACUGUUCAUUUUCGAUGUGGUGGAGUACAAUUUGGUUAACACUUUAAAGGAGCUUUUUGAGGACCAAGAUCCAUAUCUAAUGCUAUUCAGAAGCUUAGGCAACAGGAACAAAUUUGCUAGUUUACAAGUAGAGGACAAUUCAAAUCUCUUGUUGACGAGGCUCCUACAAUCUAUUGGUUAUCUACAACGACAGUGGUACGAUAGAGUUACUGAGUUUGUGUUUAAUGGAUUAAAGAAGUUACCUGCUUUUCCCAAGACAUGCUAUCAACAUGAAAAUAUAUUGGUAAGACAAGAGUUGAAAAAGAAAGGUAUGCCUAAAGAAGAGGGAUUUGGCAAUGAGAAUAGUGACAAUAUGGAUUCCAUGUCGUUGAGAUUCAAGAUUUGUGCCAUUGUAUACUACUGGAGUUUAGUAUUUGACGAGAGAGUAUACUCGGGAAGGUCGUUUGGUCGCAACUCGUCAGUUUAUUUGAACAGUCUGGAGUUAGUUAAGUUUACAAGUGUCAAGUUCAUGGCAAUUGACUAUCGAUACCUUGUGGAGUUUUACUAUUCACAGUGGUCCACAUCUGCAAUUCCCACAAAGUACAAACAAUUAUUCUUGAUGAAUUUGGCGAUUCGAAUACUUAGAAAUCUAACGGGGUAUUCAGAGAGCGUAAAGUUUGAGUUUGACGACUUUUUAGGUGUGGGCGCAGGCCAUCACCAUCUCGUGAACAACUUGGACGUUAUAGUAUCCUUGAUCAAUGAUCACUCAGUCUAUGCACAAGUAACAGAAGACGAAUCGUUUGAAAGUUUUGAGGCGUUUUAUCAAGCAUGGAUGAAGUUGAAUUUUAUUCUUGAAUGGAUAUUGUCCAUGAUAUUGGGUGAAUUGCAAGAUGUUGGAAACAGUGUUUUUAAAGACCCCAUAAUUUACGAUAAACUUACAAAUGCAGAUGGGUUGAGAGUGCUGGCUUUUCAAAAGUUUCUCGAUACGAGUUCGCAACCGAAAGAGGAGUCUAAUUUCAAGUUCCAAUUGAGUGAAGAUUCUGCUGGUUAUGCAAAGUGCAACCGCAUGGUGUGGGAACCCUUCACGUCAAUUUUGUCAAACUACACAUAA